AAUGGACGUUUCGGUGUUGGUGGUGGCGAUUCUUUGGAAGAAGGUAUAUACGUGUGGCUUGAUGGUUCCUGGAUAAACCAGACGCUUUAUAAGCCAGGUCAACCUGAUAACUAUUAUGGAGAAGACUGCUCUAUUAUUGAAAAGGACGGUAAUAUAUAUAAACUGUCUGAUGAUAAUUGUUUGAAUCCUAGAAAUUUCAUAUGUGAAAUUCCCAUGAAAUAG